UCAAACGAUACAUCAUGUUUAAACGUUUUGUCGGGAAUUCAUUUUCAAGAUUCUGUAAAAUUGAAUCUUGAUUUUGGGUUUUGAAUCGGCUUUCUUCUGCUCAACUAGUGGUUCGUUCAGAGUCAACUUCAGCUGCCUCAGAUCCUUGGUGUACUAUCAAUUUCCACUCACCACAACUGACCUCCGGCCAGUUCCGGUGGCAAUACGCAUCAAUUAGCCUCACGGGAGCAGUCACAGGCCACAAAUCUUCAACUCUCUAUUAAUUUUAGUAAUUACUGUUUGAGUAAUUGAAUUGAAACCUCCGAGGUGAUAUGAGUACUCUAUUACUACUAUUAAUUGUUGUUCUGGGGUUGUUCCUUUACCUAUGCUACGGCGGAUCUCUAAAUUCCACCACCACCACCACUGACUGGUUUCUAUGCCAGUAUAACUCGUCUAAUUUAACUCCUUACAGGAGGAGAUUAGGUGGUGAUUAUGACAAAAUUGUAUUGUUAGAGGAAUUCACAUUUGGUGUAAAUUCUGUUCCGUUCAAUAGUUGUCAUGCUUCUACUAUUGUUGAAGUUGAGAAAGACCAUUUUUUAGUGGCGUACUUCGGAGGAAGUUCCGAAGGAGCGCCAGAUGUGAGGAUUUGGUUGCAGAGAUACAAGGAUGGAUGCUGGCAUUCACCGAUUGUAGCUGAUGAGCAGAUUAAUGUUCCAAUGUGGAAUCCUGUGUUGUUUAAGGUUUCUAGUGAUGAGUUGCUUAUGUUUUAUAAAGUUGGUCAGGAAGUGCAGAAAUGGAGUGGGUGUAUGAAGAGGUCUUAUGAUAGAGGUAUGACUUGGACGGAGCGCGAACAACUCCCGCCGGGAGUGUUGGGGCCGAUUAAGAAUAAGCCGAUUUUGCUGAAUGGGAAUUUGUUCUGCGGAUCAUCUGUGGAGAGUUGGAAUUCGUGGGGUGCGUGGGUUGAGGUUACAAGGGAUGCAGGAAAAACGUGGAAAAAGUAUGGACCAAUUCACAUUGAAGGUGAAACAUUAGGAGUGAUUCAACCAGUCCCGUAUCAUACUGCUAAUGGUGCAUUGCGUGUUCUACUGCGGUCAUUCAGUGGGUUAGAGAAGAUUUACAUGUCAGAGUCGUAUGAUGGUGGAAUUAACUGGAGUUAUGCAAAGCCUACGGAGCUUCCGAAUCCGAAUUCUGGAAUUGAUGGUGUUAAACUGAAUGACGGUCGCUUGUUACUUGCUUAUAACACAAUAUCAAGAGGUGUGCUCAAUGUGUCUGUGUCCAAAGAUGAUGGUGAUUCCUGGAGUGAUUUGGUGACACUGGAGGAGGAUUUAGGCAUGGAAUUCUCUUAUUCUGCUGUCAUACAAAGCAAUGAUGGGUUAGUGCACAUUACAUACACAUACAAUAGGACCCAAAUUAAGCAUGUUGUUAUACAGCCUUUCGAAAUCUAAUACAUGUUCUGCUGCAUUUCUUUACUCGGUGUUUCUUAGUCUUUCAAAUUUGAGCUUUUUACAGGUGAUAUGUUGUAUGUUCUGUCCUUUCUUUCCCGUGUUGUCUUGAUGUUUCUGUGCAAUUGAUCAGCAGUGCAUUCUCCAUUACAUUGAUGAGAAAAAAGAAAACUUUUGUAGUUGAAUUUUCUUUUGUGAUAUUUUGGAAGAGGCCUUGAAACAGCAGAAAUUGAAGGCAUGGCGGAGUUGAAUCACUGAACCGAUGACCUUACUCCAAUCUCAUAAUGAAGACCACUGUGUUUGGCAGCCAGUGCUCAUACUGCUGUGGAAUUCCUAAGGAAGUCUGGGAAAAUCAUGAUAAUGGAUGCUUGAUGUGCAAAGCUGCAGAAUUGAUUGGGUCAUCCAAUAAUGUGUUGACAACUCUAUUUGGGAAUGUACCGCAAGAAGGGCAACUCAGAUGAGGAAGUUAAUCUAGGAUUUUAUUCUAUUUGCCACUUGGUGGUGUACAGUUUGGUUGGAAAGAAAUGGGAGAAUGGUCUUAGGAAAAUACAAGUCCAGACUCCACAGACAUGAUAAUCGUAAUCUAGGCUUAAUACAUGUUCUGCAGUAUUUCUUUUCUAAAUGUUUUCGAAAUUGAGUUUUAUACAUGGGACAAUGUAUCGUGUUUUUUCUGGCCUUUCUUUCCUGCUUUAUCUCAUGACUUCUUUGUAAUAGAUCAGCAGUCAGCAACAUCAUGUACAUUCUCCACUAUAUUGGUAGAAAAAUGAAAUAUU